ACAUAUUCACACACACACUUUAAAUGCCCAUAAGCCUCACAUACAGUCAGUCGAUCCAACUCUAUUUCACUCAAUGACACCAUCAUGGGAUGCUCAGGGCUGUUGAUUUUGGGUUUUGUCCUAAAUGUUGCUCACUGCUUGGAAAUUCUGGGUCCAGGUGUUGAGCCAAUUAUUGAGAUCACACACAACAUCACAGCAUUCCUGGGAGAGGAUGUCUACCUGGGCUGUAGAUAUCUGGGCGAGAGUGAGAUCCAGAGCGCCGAGUGGAAACAACAGAUUAACUCCAAAUUUAAAUCCAAAAUUAAAUACAAGCGACUGGCAGGAUUUGUUUAUGGUAAGGUGUUUAACCGCGAUGGCUUCUCAGAGCCAGACUCUCUCACCAACCUCACAGUUAAGAUGAACGUGUCCAGUGUGGAAGUAGAGGGAGAAUACAUCUGUGAGUUUUCAUUCGAGGAUGAGGAUGAGGAUUGUCAUGACAGCACAUUCCUCACUGUAGUCGCUCGGCCUGACAUACAGAUCCUGGUGGAUGCAGAGACCAUGAACGGCUCUCACUACCAGUCGGUGUCAUGCUCUGCCGUCGGUGGCAGGCCUGUGCCUCACAUCAGCUGGUUGGUUGACGGCCGUCCUCCUUCAGAUUACCCUUUUACUGUGGACGUGAGGGCAACCGAUCACCCAAACGGCACCUUCACCCUGAGCAGCAUCCUCCGCUUCCCCACACACCUGCAGGACGAGGACAGCGUUACCUGUGUGGUCCAACACCCGACCCUCCCAAGCCCCAAACUCACCACAGUCAGGGUGGAGACCUACACGAGGCCAAAUGUGACCAUUAAAGCGGAGAUUGUACAACAAGGAGGAAGUGAGUUCUGGGUGGUCUCGUGCAUUUCGUCUGGAGGGAGACCUGCCGCUGACAUUGUCUUGGCUUUGAACACAGACGAAGAGCUGCAGAGAGAGGACAGUACAGACUUAGACAUGCAGACAAGCUCAGUCGUCCUCCCUGCAACCGUGUAUGAGGGGCGUAACGUCACCUGUGUGUUUGACCACCCCACAUUUACACACAAAGUGUCACGAGACAUAACACUGCAGUCUUUCUAUUUGUCAGUUCAGUCGUUGCACUCAGAGCUGAUAAUCAACAGUGAUGACCUCCAAGGCACUGAAUCUUUAGAGGUGCAGGAAGGACAGAGUGACACCGUCAUCAGCCUGAAGGUCAAGGGGAAUGUGCCACAUUACAACGUUACCUGCACAAAAGAUCACGGGCCCUUGCCUGAGGGAUUGGAGCUGGUUGGCAGCAGCCUCACAGUUCAGGGUCCUGUGAAGCAUCAGCAUGCCGGCCUGUAUGAAUGUUUCUUCUCCUAUCACCAUCUUAAAGCAGCGCUGACGUUUAAUGUCACUGUUAAACCUCAAGUUUUCCAGCCUGUUCCUCCCACAAUACGAGUUGAUUUGCAGACGGAAGAUGGACGCAGGGUGAUUGAGUGCUCAGCAGCUGACGCUUCUCCUGCAGCCAACAUGUCCUGGCUUCUACCAGAGGGUGUGUCUGGAGUCUCUUGGUUCAAUUUCACUUCUCAUAAUGGAAGCCACUCUGUCAGGGGAGUUUUACUCCUCCCUGCCUGCUCGCCUUGGGAGCUCACUGCAGAGUGUGUGAUAAAUCACCCUGCGUUUGAGGAGCCACAGAACAGAAGCAUAACCCUCCCUCUUUGCGCUCGCCCUAACAUCACCAUCACCUCUAGCACUGAGUGGAAUGACGGUGAUGAGUACACAAAGGUGGACUGCUCUGUGGACAGCGUUGCCCCUGCAGCAACCAUAACCUGGCAUGUUGGGAACAGUGACAACAGCAUCAGUUAUCUGUCUGAGACUGAAGUCCAGGCUGAUGGUUCGGUUUCGGCCUGGAGCUCUGCACGCUUCUUGUCGUCUUUGUAUUCUGGUCAGAAUUUGAUGUGCACGGUGGAGCAUCCGAGCCUGGAGGCACCAGAAAAAAGAACAAUACACAUUCUUGUGCAGAAAGCCCCUCUGUUCAGUGUGUCUGUGGUGAGACAGCAGGACUCUCCCCUCUGGCUGGCAGUGUGUGAAUGCGGAGGGGAGGGUGUCGGGACGAACCUCGCCUGGAUCCUUCCCGAAAAUGCUAAAGGCCAAAUAUCUCUGCACUCAAAGUAUGAAGGGCAUGUCAUUAAAGCCAGGCUGACUUAUCAGUUCCCUCUGGCCCUUCAUGAGGGGCAGGAAAUGACCUGUGUGUAUCAGUUUAAAGAUGGAGCCACAGAGAAAAAGACCAUCCACAUCCCCAGAUACCAUAUCUCCUCUGUGAGAGUCUUAAACCACACGACUCCUCUGCAAAGCCGCUACGGUGGUGAACCCAUCGCACACAGACUGGCUCUCCAGGAAAAUCAUCACAAGCAGAGAAUACUGCUCCGAGUCGAAGGCAACGUGCCAGAGUACAACCUCAACUGUAAAAGGAGUGAUGGCUCAUUCGUCCAAAUGGACGGGGCUGCAAUGGUCUUCCAGUCAGAGCUCACAGAGCAGGAUGAAGGCCUGUACAGAUGCCGGGCGUCCUUCUAUCACCACGCAGCCACAGUAAACAUUCAGGUGGAGGUCACGAGCAGGGACAAACGGCUUGUACUUGUGGCUAUGAUCUGUGUGUCUUCGGCCUCAGCCAUCAUCCUCAUCUUCAUCGUCACCCUGUGGGUGUGCUGCAAAGGAAAUAGCAGAACAAAAUAUAAGGAGUCUGUCUCAACCUUGACCUCUCUGAUGACGGAGCCCGGCUCUCCUCAGGUGAAGAAGCCAGCAGGGACAGAGAGCGACAGUAAACUGAUCAGUUACUCCAUAGUCCUUGACAUCAAGAGUACAGUGUGAAGAUAAGAAGGCUCUGGAAUACACAUUCUGCUUUACAUUCUGCACAAACUAGAUAUGAAGGCUUACUGGAACUGCAGCAUUGUUUAGGAUUGCACUGUAUUUUAUAUGAGUUCAGCAUUAGAAGUGAAAUAAUCAUUAUUUUUGUAUUGAAAUAUGAGUUAUUCUUAAGGUUUUUAAUUUUGACUGAUUGGCAUUAAUGAUUUAAACGCAUUUUUUCAUCUUACUUGAAUUGUGUACAUUUUUAUGCACAUUGUAUUUUCUGUUAUUGUCAAUAAAAUCCUCAAAAUAUAAU